CCGGCCCGGGGGGCGGCAGGUUUUAAACCCGGCCCGGGGCUCCCGGCGACCCCCGGCGUGAGGGCCGGGCCGGGGCGGGGCCGGGCCGGGCGGCCGCCCGAGCUGGGCCUGAGGGGCUGCCUGCGCCCAGCUGGAGGGAGCCUGGGUCCGCCCUGAGGGGUGAGAGAAGUCCUGCUCCCAGAGACCCGGGCCUCCCGCCGGCGGGAACGCUGAGGAGCGCCCCUGUUCAUCCUUACACCGGGCCUCCCACCUGCGAGCCGGGUGGGGCGCCUCGGUCUAGGCACACCUGAGCCCUGGCCUGCAGGGCCGGCGGGAGCGGGAAGAGUCGGUUCCCGCAGGAUCUCCUGGAAGUGCCGUGGAACGGCCGGGCCCCCCAGCAGGUGCCUGAGGGCUGUGCCCGCUGCUCAGGCGUGCGGCAGGAGGGGAGGAAAUUGCCACAGCGUUGAACUCAGCUCAGUUGGACAGCUCUGUCUCACAAUUCAACAGUUCCCUCAGAAGUCAGGGCCAAGAUCGUGCAGCAAAUCCAUAUCAUCCAAGCUGGGCUUGAUCCUUGGCAUGCAGGGGUAAAAAAAAUGAAACAGGAAUUUUAAGCUUUGAGGACUCAUCAUGGAAGACCUGGAAGGGCAUACUUUCAGCUCGGUGGAAGAGGAAACCAGAUACUGGAAAGAGCUGGCGAUGAAGUACAAGCAGUGUGCUGAGAAUACGCAGGAGGAAUUGCGUGAAUUCCAGGAAGGGAGUCGAGAGUAUGAAGCUGAACUGGAGACUCAGCUGCAGCAAACAGAGUCCAGAAACAGAGAUCUGCUGUCAGAAAAUAAUCGUCUGCGAAUGGAACUGGAGUCAGUUAAGGAAAAGCUAGAAAUGCAGCAUUCAGAAGGAUACAGGCAAAUCUCUGCCCUGGAAGAUGACUUGGCACAGACAAAAGCUAUUAAAGAUCAACUUCAGAAAUACAUUCGAGAACUCGAGCAAGCAAAUGAUGACUUGGAAAGAGCAAAAAGAGCCACUAUAAUGUCUCUGGAGGAUUUUGAACAGCGUUUAAACCAGGCUAUUGAAAGAAAUGCUUUUCUGGAGAGUGAACUGGAUGAGAAGGAAAACCUUCUGGAGUCUGUGCAGCGCCUGAAAGAUGAAGCUAGAGAUCUACGACAAGAGCUUGCAGUGCAGCAGAAACAGGAGAAACCCAAAACACCAAUGCGAACUACCCUGGAGACGGAAAGAACAGACACUGCAGUCCAAGCAUCCUUAUCUGUGCCUUCAACUCCCUCUGUGCACAGGGCACCCAACAUCCACAUACCAACCCCUGCGACUUUUAGGAGAGGUCUUGAGGACAGUUAUGGUGCAACACCUCUCACACCUGCUGCAAGAAUAUCUGCACUUAACAUUGUGGGAGACUUGCUGCGAAAAGUAGGGGCUUUGGAGUCCAAACUUGCGUCUUGCCGAAACUUUGUGUAUGACCAGUCUCCAAGCAGACCCACAGUGUCCAUGUACAUGAACAGAGAUGUCCUUGAAACACGCCUGAGUCCUCAUCAACCUUUGUGUGAUACGGGGUUAGCAAAACGUCUGGAGUUUGGAACAUGCCCUUCAAAUAUUCCAGGAGCAAUGAGCCAUCCCUCACAAAGUGUUGUCAAGAUGCUACUAUGAAAAGCCUGGCUGGCUUUGGAAAAGGAAAAAAAAUAAACUGCAGUUCUAAAGAGCGUAUCCAUGAGCAAUUGGGCAGCAGUCUAGGUGUAGAAGAGAACCAGACAAGAAGCUGCAAUUGGCAAUAGCCUUCUGUAGCCUGGCCCAGCCUGGGCUCUUGGCAGAGUUAGUGUGCUAAAGUAAUGCUGCCCAGCAGUGCAGGAGUUAGAAUUGCUUCCUACAUCAGUUACUCCUUGAAUGUUGUUUUUUUUGACACUGCCAAAGUCAUUGUCUACCUACAACAGAGACUGUGUUCCCUAUGCAGCUCCUCAGGCUUUGGCUUUUGGUGUUAAUACAGUACCAUGGUGUUCUGGCUUCAAUUCUGGUUGUGCUGGCUUUCUGUCACGGGUGUUGUGUGCUGCAGACACUGAAAUUAAAGGAGUAUUUUUAUGUGGAGAAAGAUGUAUUUCUGUGGGGAAGCUGCUCAGCUCUUUGUGGGAUGUUAGCUGGUCAGAAACUUGCUACACUAAAACCUGCCUCUGUAGGGGUAAGAUGGUUUUGUAAGCAGUCAUUUACCAUUUAGAACAGGUCAUGGUUAAAGGUGAGGAAUACCUAGUGCUUAGAGUUCAGGAGAUCCCAGAGCUAACAGCAAGGUAGGAGACUUUGGAGUGGCUUAGCACAUCAACUCUUUUUUUUUUUUUCUAUAUUGUGGUCUGUAAAGCCUGGCUGCUGUAGAAAGCAAGACAUCUGAUUAAGUUCCUCAUUCUAACAUCUUAUUAUGUGGGACUGACUGCUUUCCAAACCUCCCUUUAUUAAUGUGCCUCGGGUAUUGGUAAUUUUCUCUUUUUAUGAGGAUAUUAUUUCAGCUGUUACUAAUUUAGAAAUGCUUUUUUAACCUGAAAAGUCCCUUAUGCUAGACAAGUAUAUAUGAGUAGAGAAUUAUUUUUAAAUCAUUUCCCCCCCUUCCCCUCCCCCCAUAUGUUUUUUUAAAUGGAGAGGUUCCCUCAACAGUAUUAAUGUACCUUGUGGAAUCCUGUACUUGCAAAAAUGGUCAUGACUAAGCAACUCUUAUGGUUUUUGCAGGGGGUGGGGAGACCUUAAUUGGCAAAAAGAAUGUAUAAAUGGAUUUUGGUUGUUUUGG